UCCCAGAGAUAUGAUUCCCUACCGCCAACUAGUCAGAAUGUCCCAUCUGGCCGCCCGUUUCGUCGGCGGAGCAGAUGUUCAUGUUGUAGAUCCACUAGUCGACUUGAGGAAUGUCUUCGAGCAAACUGAUCAGCUGAAAAUUGCGUUGGAAUGCAGAAAUCUCACAGUAGACGUGGAAAAAGUGAAAAACGAAUAUGACGAAUGGUUUGAAACCUAUCAGAAAUGGAAGCAAGCCGAUAAAGAAUCGAUUUCCCAGCUGAAAAAAGAACUUCGAGCGAAAAAAGACGGUCUGCUAAAUGCUCUCGCCCUUCCGAAUCUUGUGCAUCACGCCGGGAAGAAGCAAACUCCGCUAUUAAAACCUUCAAAACACGCUCAAUACCUCGCACAGCAGGGAUUAAUGCGAAUUGACAAGCAAAACCACGUGGUUCAUCUCGUCGGCUACCCUGUCGUAGUGCAGAAAAUGAUUCGCGAGCAGCUGGUAGAUCUAUUUCCAGGAUGUCAGCCGAUAUCACCUUCUUAUUUCGCUCGGGCCGCAAUUCUCGAAGCUCUGAAUAUUGAUCAAUCCACGUGUAUCCCGUUUACAGAUGACUCGAGCCAUUUUCCGCUGACCUAUUUGGUUGGAAACUCACUUCCUGCUAUAACUUCUCCAUUCCUAAAGACGUCAUUCGGCGAGAAAAAUGAAUGGCCAAUUAGUGUUCAGUGCACAGGUGCAAGCUAUACGGAAAAGAAAAACCAAGUUGAUCUUGGCAACGCGCGACAGCGGAUGAAGCAUUGUGCGUUGUGGAUGAGCAAAUCAGCCGAAGAGCUUGAAGGAAUCAUAAACGACGCAAAUGUUCGAGUCGGAGCAUAUUUGGACGAGGGGCUUGAUCUAGAAGUCAAAGUUCGAGAAGUUCGUGGUAGCGAGCUGAAAAACUAUGAAUCGCAGGCGUUCGUUGUGGAGAAUCGAGGACUUUCAUUGUCGAGGAUCUCAAGGAUUGGGGAUUAUGUAUCGAAACGGCUCAAUAUUCAAUACUCGGGUAGCCCGGCAACUGAAAAAUCUGAAAAAUCUGAUGGAUUCGUUCAAAUGGUAUACGUCGAGACUGAUAUUGAUCGAAUUCUUGCUCGACUCGUUGACGACCUUAUUGAAGGAAAGGAGCCGCCAAAGUACAUCCGAGAUGCCAUUAAGAAGAGCUUUUGAAUAUCUAGAUUUUUGUAUUUUUUACAUAAAUAAAUAUGUAGAUCAU